UAUAAGGAUGGAAUGGGGGUAGGAAGCCUUUUGCAUGCCUACUAUUUUAUUCAUUUUUGUUAACUUGUGAGUUUAGUGUGUUUUUAAUUGUAAUUACUACAUGAAUUUUUUAUUGUUCGAAGUAUGUUUUUGAUAUUGUAGAGAUUUAACAAUGGAUCUCUCUACUUCAGCAAUUUGGAAAAAUACUCCAGUGGAAAUUGUUAAUCCCUAUGAAGUGAAAGGAAAGAUGAAUAUGGUAAAUGGUCUUAAAAUGGUUGAUGAACCAAUGGAAGAAGGAGAAGCAGAUUCUAGCAGUGAAGAAGGAGAUUUUAAAGAAAUCCAUAUUACUCAUCACGUUAAGGAAGGAUAUGAGAAAGCAGAUCCUGCACAGUUUGAAUUGCUCAAGGUUCUUGGUCAGGGAUCAUUUGGAAAGGUUUUUCUUGUUAGGAAGAAGACUGGUCCUGAUGCUGGGCAACUCUAUGCAAUGAAGGUGUUGAAAAAAGCUUCUUUGAAAGUUCGAGACAGAGUUCGGACUAAGAUGGAGAGGGAUAUACUGGUGGAAGUAAAUCACCCAUUUAUUGUCAAAUUGCACUAUGCCUUUCAGACUGAAGGGAAGUUAUACUUAAUAUUGGAUUUUCUCAGGGGAGGAGAUGUCUUCACAAGAUUAUCUAAAGAGGUUCUGUUUACAGAGGAAGACGUGAAAUUCUACCUCGCAGAACUGGCCCUUGCUCUGGAUCAUCUGCACCAAUUAGGAAUUGUAUAUAGAGACCUGAAGCCAGAAAACAUUUUGCUUGAUGAAAUAGGACAUAUCAAGUUAACAGAUUUUGGACUCAGCAAGGAGUCAGUAGACCAAGAAAAGAAGGCUUACUCAUUUUGCGGUACAGUAGAGUACAUGGCUCCAGAAGUAGUAAAUAGGCGAGGCCAUUCCCAGAGUGCUGACUGGUGGUCAUUUGGUGUGCUUAUGUUUGAAAUGCUUACUGGUACUCUGCCAUUUCAAGGUAAAGACAGAAAUGAGACCAUGAAUAUGAUACUGAAAGCAAAACUUGGAAUGCCUCAGUUUCUUAGUGCUGAAGCACAAAGCCUCCUAAGGAUGUUAUUCAAAAGAAAUCCAGCAAAUAGACUGGGUUCAGAAGGAGUUGAGGAAAUCAAAAGACAUCUUUUUUUUGCAAAUAUUGACUGGAAUAAAUUAUAUAAAAGAGAAGUUCAACCUCCUUUUAAACCUGCUUCUGGAAAACCAGAUGAUACUUUUUGCUUUGAUCCUGAAUUUACUGCAAAAACACCUAAAGAUUCUCCUGGUUUGCCAGCCAGUGCUAAUGCUCAUCAACUCUUCAAAGGAUUCAGCUUUGUUGCAACAUCUGUUGCAGAAGAAUAUAAAAUCACUCCUAUCACAAGUGCAAGUGUACUACCAAUUGUCCAGAUAAAUGGAAAUGCUGCACAAUUUAGUGAGGUAUAUGAGGUGAAAGAGGAUAUCGGGGUUGGCUCCUAUUCUGUUUGCAAGCGAUGCAUACAUACAACUAACAACAUGGAAUUUGCAGUGAAGAUCAUUGACAAAAGUAAGAGAGACCCCUCCGAAGAAAUUGAAAUUUUGAUGCGCUAUGGACAACACCCCAACGUUAUCACUUUAAAGGAUGUCUAUGAUGAUGGUAGAUAUGUUUACCUUGUUACGGAUUUGAUGAAAGGAGGAGAGCUACUUGACCGUAUUCUCAAACAAAAAUGUUUCUCAGAACGCGAGGCUAGUGAUGUACUGUAUGUAAUAACUAAAACAGUUGACUAUCUACAUUGUCAAGGAGUUGUUCAUCGUGAUCUUAAACCUAGUAAUAUCUUAUACAUGGAUGAAUCAGCCAAUGCAGAUUCCAUAAAGAUCUGUGAUUUUGGGUUUGCAAAACAACUUCGGGGUGAAAAUGGACUUCUCUUGACUCCAUGCUACACUGCAAAUUUUGUAGCACCUGAGGUUCUUAUGCAACAGGGAUAUGAUGCUGCAUGCGAUAUUUGGAGUUUGGGAGUCCUUUUUUACACAAUGUUGGCUGGCUAUACUCCAUUUGCUAAUGGCCCCAAUGAUACUCCUGAAGAGAUACUGCUGCGUAUAGGUAAUGGAAAGUUCUCUUUGAGUGGUGGAAACUGGGACAAUAUUUCAGAUGGAGCAAAGGAUUUACUUUCCCAUAUGCUUCAUAUGGACCCACAUUUGCGGUACACUACAGAACAAAUACUAAAACACUCAUGGAUAACCCACAGAGACCAGUUGCCGGCUGAUCAGCCAAAUAGAAAUGAUGCAUCACAUAUUAUUAAGGGAGCAGUAGUUGCCACAUAUUCAGCUCUGAGUCACAAGACCUUUCAGCCAGUCCUAGAGCCUGUUGCUGCUUCAAGCUUAGCUCAACGACGGAGCAUGAAAAAGCGAACAUCAACUGGUCUAUAAGAUGUGUAGUGCUCCUCAGCCAGACUGGAUGAAGAGAAGAUUAAAUGUGUGGCUUUUUGCCUAAACAUUUAUCCAAAAGCAUAGUUUUCAGCUACAUUACUUGAAUAUUCUAUUUAAGCCCCCUUUAUUAGGGGAAUUGGGAUUGAAAAAAAUAUAUAUACACAGGUCCAUAGUAUUUAUACUCUGUUGUUUUGCAGUAGUGCCCAAGUGUUUAAGUAUAUACUUGGUAUGUUUGCAAGGUCCUAACAACUUCUAUGCACACUGACUUCUAAAAUCCUUUUCAAAUAAAGAUACUUAAAUAGUUUUUCUGGUUUCAUACAAUAAUGGUUUGGGGAACCAUUACCAAUAAUCAAGAUGCAUAUAUAAUAGUAUAAUGCCAAGCAAUGUCAGUAUUUUUAACACAAGAUCCUGAUGGAUAGGCUUUUAAAAAAAAGAAGAACAAGUAAGUACUGUAGAAGCUUGUUAUUGUGCACAAACAGUAGACUCCAUUCAUUUGACUCCCUGUAGUUACGGCACUGGGUUCUGGGGAGUUACUAAAAUAUAGAUGUAAUAUUUCAAUGCCAGAACAAAAUACAUUUUUACUAACGUGAAAACUCCUGAUACGCUUGGUGGCAGUGUUUUACAGAAUUGAGUUAGAGACAAUAUGUGCAGAGAGACCUGUAUAUUUUACAUAAAUGGCCUCAUCUAGAUAUAAACAGUUAAGGCUUCUGUAAAUUUUACACCUAAUAGAGUUGUAGUGAAAGAGGAAUUUUUUAACCAAAGGCUUUAUAUUGAUGUUGUCAUCUACCAAAAUAGGUCAUAAUUAAGCCUUUGAAAAUAAAGUACAUGGUGUUAACACUACAUUGGUGUUAUAUAAGCUGAAUUUCAGGGUAACCAAUUGGAUUCAGUCAUCUUUCCCAUUUAUAAUGAACUACACUGUUCUUUUUCUGAUUUCCACGUGUUUCGAAUUACAGUUGAUUAAUCUAACUUGAAUCCUAUGCUAGUAUAGUUGAAAUUUUACUGUAGUGGAUUUGUGCAUUUAGCACAUAUGAUAUAGUAUAAUGCAUUUCAGUAAAUUUAGAUAAUGCUACAUAAUCUACAUAGUCAAAGUAAACUAACAUUUUCAAGAAGGUAGAUUAACAUUUUAAAUUGGAAAUAAUAUUAAUGGCAUACAUAAAAUUUAAACACAUUUAAAAAUCAUUUAUAAAAAAAGGAUCUGGUCAAAUUGGUCUUCUGAUUGAAUUUAUGAUUCAGAACCGUUCUUGAGUAUGUACUGUUUUCUCUAAAUGAUGGACUCUCAAAUAAUCUUUUUGUGUUGCUGAAGAAAAUACCAUUACUACUACUACUAAUACUACUACUAUUACUACUACAACUGACAGAAGGAACUCAUGAAUGUAAGCUGGAAGAUAUCACAGUUUUGCUUAGCGAACAUAAGUUAAGUAUUUGUGUGUACUAGGUGUUCUGUUUGCUGUAUGUUUUAUUUUGCUUAAUUCAGCGAGAGAGAGAGUUUAUUACUGAGUGUUGAAGUGUUCAUUUUAGACUGGGAGACCUUUAACUUUGAUAUUUAAUAAAAGAAAAUACACAUACUCUCUUUAUAAUGUAAGUGAUAUAUACCCCAUGCACAAAGAUCUGUUUUUUGGGUGUGAUCUGUAAAAGUAUGUAUCCUGAUUUUGGGGUGUUUGAAAGACAUUAAAGAACAUCUAGUUCCACUGGAAAACAUUACUUAGAAAUAGUUACAUUGGUUUCAUUUCUUAUGGCUUUUUAUGUCCUCAUUUGGUUUUUUCUUUCCUCAUUUUGCUUUAGUACUGGAAGUACUUGCAUGUAACAAUUUUAUCCAUAUACUGUGACUUAUUUUUCUCCUAUCAUUAGCUUGUUUGUGCUGCUAUGCCUUCUUCCUUUCAGAAUUGAUAAGACAAACUCAGAAUUACCAGUUUGAUGUUGAAAUUUGCAAAACAGAUACUAUUUCCAUGUAUACUUUUCUAGUAAUAAAAUUUAAAAAAUUAGGGGAAGUAAAAUUGGGACAUGAAAAUGAUCGCAAAAUACUUUCCAAGCUAUCAUCAGUGAUUUUUAAAAGUAGAUUAUCCUAAUUAAUUUUUAUUUAACUUGCUCAGAGGGUCAUGUCAUAUAAUCCUAUUGUGAAAGGAACACUCUCAGAAUUGAACAGUGAACAGUAUGAUUCCUCAUCACCCAGUGUGAAUGGACAAUGUGUAAAAGAUACACAGGUAUGCUAGUGGAUGUACCCAAUAAUUGUGUGACCAUUUUCUGCUGGAAAGUCCACACAUACCAGCUUGACAACAACAGCAAGGGGUAACUUUAUUAUAAGGGAAAGCUUCAAACUAUACUCUCAUAUGCCUGUGCAGGUCUGAUUUGACUAGAAACCCAUAGCCACAAAUGUAGAUUUAAAUAGGGCAUUUUUCAGUGGAGCUUCUCUAAAUGUGUAACCAGUACAAGUUAAUCCUUUCUGUAAGACUUUAGGGUACCAUGGUUUCUAGUGGAUUCAUACAGUUAUUUCGCAUUGCUUUUCUUUCUAGUUAAGGGUUCUUGGUAGCAUGUAACGAUGCCACAGUUUGGAGUUUUUAUUGUUAUUCUGGAAGGAAGAGGUUAUAAACUUAUUUUACUCAAAGGGAAAACAUCAGGUUUGCUCAGAUAAACUAACAAUCUGUGUCCUAAAGCACAUUUUACUGUGAAUAAACUCAGAAAACCAUUUGCAAGAAAAUUAGAAUGUAGAGCUAGUGAUGAUAUCGUGGUGGGGGGAGGGGAGAAAACAAUGGUUUUACUUCAUCCAUGAAGAUCAAACUUUAGCCAAUUGGUUAGGCCCAGAAAUGCCUAAAUAUUUAUUGCUAUUGGUAAUUAAUCAUGGUAAAACAUUUUUGAUAGCACCUCUAGUUAGCUCAAAGGGAUUUCAUGUUUAGGCAGCCCACAAACUUAAGAACAGAUGCUUGGUAUUUUUAAUGCCUCUCCCAUUGAAACAUGUUAAAAUAGUAUUGCCCACAAAAACUAAUUUAUGCUGAUGGAAUAGUAUUUUCCAGAGAGUAAAAGGCCCUUCAUAUAUGAAGAAGAAGAACUGCUUGCCUUGGUCGACAGGAAAACUUUAAACUAGGCAAAGUUUGUCUUUGGCAAUCUCUGCGUUCUCUUUCUUCUGGCUUUCCAGCCCCCUCGUGCUAACCUAUCUAAGCACUUCACGGCGGCACUCCAUUCAGGCUUACCGUAUCCCUAGAAGGAUUCUGUACUCCAGAAGGACCUACACUGUAUACCCCUUCCCAAGAUCAGAACUUUCAUUAUUUCAUAGCAGAUAUUUUCAGCUAAAAAGGUAAAAGGGAAGAUAUUUGACUGAAUUAUAUUUUUUCUGUCAGUGGCUAACAGGUAAUUGUCAUUUUUUUUUUCAAGGAACAUGCCCAUCAAUCCAAAUGAGUUUCUAGUUGCUGGAGUUUCAGGUAUUGUAACCAAAAUGAGAAUAAUUUUAAAUUCAGUUAUUAUCAAGGGAGAUAUUUUGGGGCAAAAAACUUACAAAAUAUGCCCCAGGGUCAGUUUAUCUAACAAACUUUCUUGUUUGCAUAACUCUUUCCUCUCUACUUCUCAAUGCACAUUUCCUGGUAAAAAGUUCUAAGCUUUUUAAUCACAAUGAACUUCUAUGACAAAAUGGUGGUGUAGGGAGGCAGAGAUCCCUGGUCAUUUACAUACGUUGUUUUUAAGCCUAUAUAUAUCUGUGUUCUUUUUUUUCACAGUACACAACCUAUAACACAAGGAGUUUUCUCACCAGUCCCUAUUUCUGUUGUAUGCAUAGAGAAACAAGAGCAAAGGAAUAUUGAAUGCAAACUGUCGGCAGAGUCUGUCUCCAUAUCCAUUGUCUAGAUUUCAGGACCGAGAUUCUAUUUAUUGUGAUGUUAUUUCUCCACAAGAAUAAAAGCAGUAUUAAGUAUAGAUUGGCCAACUGCAAUUAAACUGCUUUAGAACAAUUGCUUACAAGUCAAAGCUUACUCAGGCAUGUCUGGCCUUGUGUUUCAAGAUCAAUGAUUGCUAAAAUUAACAGUAUAUCAGUAAUAUGCUAUCUUUCUUUCUAUGCACAGUGGCAUACACUAUACUCCUAUGGAUGUAGUGUUCCUGUUUUAGUCUUACAAUGCAAUGAAGUCCAUCAUAUAAUUUGAAUAAAAUGAUAAUGUUUGAUGUUCACCCAGAAUUCAAUCUGGUUGCUAAUGCAUGGGGGAAUUAUACUUGAAAGUACACUAAGUCUUACAUUAGAGGCACAAGUUUCUUUGAAAGAUGGAGAAAAACGAAGACAUAACAAAGUCAUAAAAACAAACUUAAAAUACAGAAAUUCAAGCUUGCUUACAUUUAUUGGCACAUUAAGUACCUCUCAGUUUAUUGAGCAGCAGAAGAUUUAAGCUAAAUGCUUAGAAAUAAAUACACGUAUAUACAAUUGGCAACUUAGGGUUUGUUCCGUAUUCACGUUUAUAAACCCCAAACAGUUUAGCUUCUUUGGAUGUCUGUUUUGCUUUCGUUCUCGUUGUCUAGUUACUGAAUUAAUUUACUCUUCAGAAGAUAUUAAGCAUCUAAUUUUAUGUGAUAGUGACAGUUCUAGAGAAUGUACUCAGUGCAUUAGUUUAAUAAAUAUUCCUAAUGUGACCAAUUA